ACGGCGACUACAGAAUCGGAAUCGGAAUCGGACUAGUGUUUUUCGCGUUUUCUUAUCGAAAUGCAUCGAACUCGAUUCCUUCGAAGCGAAAGCCCAUAAAGAACAGUGCCUAAAAUCCUCAGUAUGGAGUUGUUCAACUGGUUCGAUGUGAUAUCCGUUGCCCUGACAUUCCUCGCGAUUGUGAUAGUGCAAGUGUUGAAUGUCUAUUUGCACAUACUGGACGAUAAUACGAGUGGCAAGACAAUCGAUGUGGUUGACACAGCCGUGGCGAAGGAAUGUCGGACUGAAGAGGCGCCCAGUUCACCCGUUAGUUCGAUAUUGACGACUCCACCCAAACCCAACAAAAAUGGCAAGCUGGAGAAGCAAACAAGUCUGCUGGAUAGUGAUAGUGGCAUCUCAUUGAGCUCCAUCUACACCUCAGCAACGACAGCGACCACGGCAGCCGCCAACUCAUCUCCAACAUACCGAACACACAAUGGUUUCCUCUCACACACGCUCAGUUUCGAGACUCUGGGCGAUGAGUACCACGAGGACGAGGACACACUGUCGCUGGAGAAUCUGUUUCCCUGCGAUCAAACCGAAAUCUACGCCUCGCGGAAGAUCAGCUUCAUCAUCGACGAGCUCAUCCAGACGGAGGUCAACUAUGUGAACAAUCUGAAGAAGGGUCUGGCCAACUAUGGACACCUGGCGACCGUCGAGGACCUGCCCGAAGGCCUCCGCGGCGAGCAGCGCCAGCAGCUACUCCUGGGCAACGUCUCCGAGAUCUUGGAGCUACACGAGAGGGAGAUUCUACCGCUGAUGUUGCGCAAUCAGCGCGAUCUGAAGGGUCUCUUUGAUGAGUUUGCCGGGCACUUUGAGAAAAACAACUUCUACUGCUACGUGAGCUUCACCAUGGGCAAGAAGUCUUCCAUGCAGCUGCGUCAGGAUCAUCGCGAAUGGCUGCAGGCCUAUCAAACCACGAUAAAAGACAAGCUGGGCAUCGAUAGCUUCCUUGUGCAGCCCAUACAAAGACUGACCAGAUAUCCAUUGCUGUUGCAGCAAUUCAUAUCGGAAUUCUACAAGAGUGGAAUCAGCUGCAAGCCCGUGCUGACCGCCGUUUGCAAAUUGGAGACGCGUAUGCGACGUGCUCUGGAUGUGGUCAAUCAGGCCGAGGAGAUACCCAACAUAGAUGAGCUGAAUGAGCUGGAUCUCCUGCAACUGGGAAACUUCCGACGUGCCACAGAGUUCGAUGCCCAGCACUUUCCCACGCGCAAGAAAUACCGCGCCAAGAUCUUCCUCUUCGACCGGUGCCUGGUGUGCACCGAGGUGCGCAAGAAGCGACUCGCCUACCGCCAGCACUACCACUGGGAGCACGUGGAGCUGCAGCGACCGCUGGAGCUGACCGCGUCCAAUGCCAACAAGAUCAUCAAUCUGCUGGUCAAGCAGCAGGACAAGGACAAGCCGGGCAGCGGUGCCAGUGGCAGUGGCAAGCGGGAGGAGUACUCCUUUGUGGCCGCCGAGGCGUCUGUGGUGAAGCAGUGGCUGCACGCCACCCACAAGAUCAUCGAAAUUGCCCGCAACGAGCACGCGCAACGGAACACCUUCAGCCUGCCCAUGGAUCUGGUGCUGGGAGUCGGUCUGGCCAUCUGGCUGAUAUGGCAGUACUUGUAGAGAUCAUCCUGAAUCCUGAAUCCUGAAUCCUCAAUCCUGAAUCCUAUUCCCCAUCCACUCACAACUCUAGACCAUAGAUAAACGUGUAUAGGAAUAAAACUAAGUUAUUUCGUAGCCAA